CGUUUCUUCUAUUAAUCAUUAUUUACUCAACCGAACUCAUGGGAAAGAAAAAGUCAAAGUCCAAGAGCAAUAGCUCUUCAGAGUUAGAGUCUGCCAUUUCACCAAUCAUUGAAAUAAACUAUCAGGACCCAUUAUUUUCUCUUGCUGCUCAUCCCACUAAACCUAUAUUCUUAUCUGGUUUAGCCACUGGUCAUCUUUAUUGUAAUACAUACGAUGCUGAUAAAUUGGAAGAGACUCAAACCGCAAAGAGGGAAGAGUUUGAACUUCUUGAAAAAGAAGCAUUUCAAAAAGGUAAAGUGAGUAGUAUCAAUAGAUCAGUUUCUCAACUGAAGAAGAAAUGGUGGGAGAUUAUUCAGAAUAAUACUGAAAUUCCACAAGGUUCGAAUUUAUCUACCAAUUGGAAAACCAAAAGACAUAAAGGGUCAUGUCGUUCUGUCAUAUUUGACUGCUUGGAAGGAUCUGUAGGGGAAAAUUUAUAUUCGGUAGGAACAGAUCAUAUAAUCAAAAAGGCCAACACUGAGACCGGGAAGGUUAUAUCCAAAAUCAGCACUUCUGAUCAUUACCCAAACCCAAAAGAUGCUACCACUAAGUUAUCCCACUCAGCAACUCAUCCAUUUUUAUUGACUGGUACUGAAAAUGGCCAUGUCUUGGUCUAUGAUAGUAAAAAUCUCUCUUCAAAUCAGCUUAAGUUUAAAGUUCUGAGCGCUCAUGAAGAUUCCAUUAAUGAUAUAUUACCAAUGCCUGCUGUUUCUGCUUACCAUUACUUAACCUUAGGCUCUACCACAUUGUCGCACUUGGAUAUUCGUAAAGGUAUUAUAACACAAUCCGAUGAUCAAGAAGACGAACUUCUUUCCAUGUGUUAUGCAACUGACCAAAUCAAUCAGAAUCAAAAUGAUACUGUUUUGGUGUCACACGGGGAGGGUAUAGUCACAAUUUGGAAAAACUCCAAGAAUAGUUUCAGAGAUCAGUUGUCUCGUAUUAAAGUCAACAAAAAUGCAUCAAUUGAUGCUAUUAUACCUACUAUGAACUGUGACGAUGGUGAUAUGAUUGAUUCUGUUUGGUGUGGAGAUAGUGAAGGUUUAUUACAUAGAGUCAAUUAUAAAAGAGGUAAAGUUGUUGAAACAAGAGUUCAUUCAUCUACUUCUGGUAAGUAUGGUGCUGUUGAUGAAGUUGGUUUAUUGGAUAUUGAUUAUGAUUACAGAUUGAUCAGUGCAGGUAUGGAUGGAUUGAAAAUAUGGUCUGGCCAAGAUUAUGAGGAUCUCAACGGCGAUAGCGAAGAAGACAGUGAUGAAGAUAGUGACAGCGAUAGUGGCGACGAGAUUAUUGGAUCUCAACAAGACGAUUCCGAUUCAAAAGACCAAUGGGAAGAUAUAAGCUCCGAUGAGGGUUCGAACAGUGGAAGUGAACCGGAAUCCUUGGGUCCUUCUGAUUUUUCCGACUCUGGAGACGAUGCCGAAGAAGAGCAACAGGAUGAUACAAAGCACGAAGAUCAAGAUGACGAUCAAGAUGACGAUCAAGAUGACGAUCAAGAUGACGAACAAGAUGAAGAAGAACAAGAACAAAAACCACUCGACAUUGUCAGAAAGAAACGUUUUGAUCCAUCUAAAUUAAACCCAUCAAAGAAAAAGGUUAUUGAUAUCAACAAAUUGACAGCAGAAAGUCAACCAAAGGAAGAAGAAUCGGCUGAACCAGAACCAAAAAAGAAGAAACAAAAAAUCAAGCAGCUAUCAGCCAAACAACUCAGAAAUGCCCAACAACACGAACAAGGUAUUCGUCGUUUUGAAGGUUUAUAAAUAUAUUUUGCAACAAAUAUAGAGUACGAUUUUGCGGUAAAUAAAAAGUGUGUAGAGAACAAAAGUCGCC